CAUUUCGUUAAUGCCGCUGCUGGAGACAACAGACAGUUAACAUUAUAUUAUCAACGGGGCAAAGAAGGCGAAAUACCAAAAUGAAAUCUUAUUGAUUUUCUUGUUUGUGCAAACAAAAAGGAACAACAAAAAGAAACCACUGUGCACCGUUGCCAUCUCGUUGACAAUCUCAAUCUGGUUAAAUAUGUUGUGUGUUGCUGCUGCUGCUCCAUUGGCGUCAACAGUUAAGAAAGUGGACGCAGUGCUGGCCAUUGCCUGGUAGGUCGGUCAGUGGUGGCGGCGGCAGCGGCAGCGUCAGCAUCAGCAUCAGCAUCGACGACGGUAGCAGCAGCAGCAGCGACGGCUGGUCCAGCGGCGUUAACAAUUGAAAUUGAUAACCGCAAAACGAUCCUGUUCCUUGCCCUCUUCCUGGAUUAUUCAAUUCCAAUCAACAUCCUAACCACCACCCCCACCCACUGACCGUGUGUGUGUGCGUGUGCGUGUGUGUGUGUGUGGCAGCAACAGUUUACACAGCGGGCGGCACAAUAUGGGCACCAUAUCGUCGGUGUUGCAAUGGUCGUGCACCAAAUGCAAUACAAUCAAUCCAACCGAAUCUCUCAAGUGCUACAAUUGUGGAACAGUGCGUAAAGUGUUUCCCAGUCCUACCGCAACAUUGUCACAGACACAACAACCAGGCAAUAACACCAGCAUUAUGCGAACGCGUCCGAAUCCAAUAGCAACAACGCCGCCAGCUGAUAAGGAAAUCUUGCUCAAUGAUAAGAGCAAAAUUGUUACCAGGCACGUUUACAAGACACUGCUACGAGGCUGUUUGAAGCGUCCACAAAGGAAUAGCCAGAAUCUGCCCGCCAAUUGUGUGGAUUGCGAGGAUACGCGUAAAUAUAUUAAGAAUUCCAUUGAAUUGUAUCGACAUUUCUCAAAUCCGGCCUUAAAUCGUCGAUGGAUAUGCCAUCAUUGUGAAACGGAUAACAAUUCAGUGACCUGGCAUUGUGUUAUCUGCGAUACGGUUAGCUAUUUGGCUCCCAUCUACAAGGAUGGCCAAUUGAAGGGUUCAUCUGCUGAUGGUGCUAGUGGUAGUGCUUCAGAUACAUCAACAGAGUUGCCACAACAACAACAACAACAACAACAGGAUCCACAGCAGGAGCAACAUCAGGAACAGCAGCAACAACAACCACAACAACAACUCAUUCAAGAGGAUCAACGUUAUCAUCAUUAUAACAACAAGGCAGGUGCUGGGGCAGGAGCAGGGGCAGGUGGAGGCAGCAAACAGCAGCCGCUGCUACGUUCAUCCAAUGGCCAUUUUCGUCGCACACAAAGCCUGAGCACGGCCAUUGAUAAGACAACCUCAUCUGGACGUAGUUGUCACAUAUGCUAUGUGAACAAUCAGAGUAAAGAUAUAUUCAAUUUACCCAAGCCAACGCAUCAGCAGCUUCUAGCAGCGGCUGCUGCUGCCUGCAGUCAGUCACGUUUUGCCAUAGCGAAUGAUACAUUUUGUCGACGCAAGCAGAAUAAUAAUAAUAAAAAUCACAAUAAAGUGGUUCGAGAAAGUUGUACCAAAAAGAAAUAUAAUUUUACGAUAACCACACUAUCCAGAUCUAAGCAGGCGGAACAACAGCAACAGCAGCAGCGGCAAGGGAAACCUCUACAGCAACAGCAACAACAUCUCCAACAUCAGCAACAACAACAGCAGCAGCAACAAUUAAUGUUGAAAUCCAAACUUAAGACACAACAAUCCAAAGAAUUGUUGUCAACGGCUUCAGUUCAGCAGCAACAACAACAACAACAACAACCGCAGCAGCAGCAGCAGCAACAACAACCACAGCAACAAUUUACUAUACCUAGAAAUGGUGUCUUUAUAGCUGUCAAUGAGUGGUCAGAGCCGGCAAUUAAACGUGAUACAACAACAAAACCGCAUCAUCAUCAUCAUCAUCAUCAUCAUCACCACAACAACAAUAACAAUAAUAAUAAUAAUAUUAAUAAUAAUAAUAGUCAUAAUAAUAAGAACAACAAUUGCGGUAAACAGCAGCAACCGCAGCAAGAGCAACAACAACAACAGCUGUAUGAAAAUGAAUGUGUAAUGAUUGCCCAUCAGCAACAACAGCAGCAGCAGCAACAACAGCAGCAACAACAACAACAAUUGCCCAUACCCAUUUAUGCCCAAGUAAACAAACAUCAUAAAUUAAAAAAGAAACAAAUCAGCCAGGAGAUGGUCACGGCUCCUGUCAACAAUAACGAUAGCAGUGGCUCCAAUUCUGGCAUUGGCAUUGGAGGCGGUGGCAGCAUUGACCUAACCGAUAGUAGUGAAAUAAUGCCAGGCGAUGCCGAUGUGACCAGCGAAACAGAAACCUCAACAAUCGCCUUGGCCAGUUGCAGCAGUGUCGAUUUACAUGUGGAAGAGCAUUCCAUUUAUGCCAAGGUCUGGAAGGGACCACGCAAAACGACUGAAUCGAAAAUCACACACGAACCGGGCAACAGUAGCAGCAACAAUAGCAGUCGACUGGUUGCUGCAACAUCAUCUUCCUCUGCAGCAGCAGCAGCGGCAGCGGCAGCAGCUUGUUUGGGUCCAGCACAACGCAACGACAAUAAAGCUUUAUUGCUGAUCGGCGGCAAUAGCAGCGGCAGUAAUAGCAGCAGCAACAACAGCAGCAGCAGCAACAGUAGCCGCAAAAUGUGGACAUGCAUCAAAUGUUCCUAUGCCUAUAAUCGUCUCUGGUCCCAGACCUGUGAGAUGUGUGACGCUAAGCAAGAGCAGCAGCAGCCGCAGCAGCAGGUGAGGCAACACACACAUGCAUUACACAUUACACAAAUGAUUAUCAAGACCCCACGCGAUGAACCCUGGACAUGCAAGAAAUGCACACUGGUCAACUAUUCUUCGGCCAUGGCCUGCAUUGUGUGUGGCGGCUCCAAGCUCAAGAGUAUAUCCUCCAUUGAGGAUAUGACAUUGCGAAAGGGUGAAUUCUGGACAUGCAGCCAUUGCACUCUUAAGAAUUCACUUCAUUCGGGCUUGUGCAGUGCCUGCAAAUCAAUACGAUUAUUGCCAGUAGAAUCGGCACUGUCUGUGGCUCCUCCAUUAGCGGCGACGGUGCCGUCUGUACGUGAACGACCUGAUGGACAAUCGCAUGAAGAACCUCAUGUGGGUAGCUCAGGCAACGCUGGAGGUGGUGGUGGAGGAGGAAGCGAAGUCAAGACACCAACUAUGCUUCAAUUGCCCGCAGCUCCAGUUCAUCGUGGUUCACGCAGUCCAUCGCCCAGAGCCAUUGGUGGUGGUGGUGGAAGUGGACCUGCUGCCGGUGGAGGAAACGGCGGAGUAGUCCAACAGCAACAGCACUCACAACAACCUCAGCAUCAGCACCAGCACCAGCCACUCCAACAGCGUAGCUCUUCAGGUGCCAUUCCCAAACGUCAUAGCACUGGUGGCUCUAUUGUGCCACGUAACAUUUCCAUAGCUUCCGGUCUGGCAGCUACCUCCUCCUAUAAUAUACAACAAGGAUCGGCACCAUCAGCCGGCUCUGCCUCUGUUGUAAGUUCAUCCUCAACGUCGUCUUCAAUCAAGAAAUGGCAAUGCCCCGCGUGCACUUAUGAGAACUGUGCCGCCUCGGUGGUCUGUGACAUCUGCUCCAGUCCAAGGGGAUUGGUUAAUGCCGUAUUAACAGAUGCAUUGGCAAGGAAAUCAAUACGAGUUGCUCUAACCAAUCCAGAUAUUAGGCAGGAGAGCAAACUGAUGGAGAAUCUGAGGCAACUGGAGGAGACAGAGGCACUGACCAAGUGGCAGAAUAUCAUACAGUAUUGCCGGGAUAACAACGAGUUGUUUGUCGACGAUUCAUUUCCCCCAGCACCAAAAAGUCUGUACUAUAAUCCGGUGAGCAGUGCUGCCGAAGGCAAUCCGGUUGUCCAGUGGCGUCGUCCGCAUGAAAUUAACUGCGACGGUGGGGCAUAUCCACCAUGGGCCGUCUUCCGGACGCCAUUGCCCUCGGAUAUAUGCCAAGGUGUGUUGGGCAAUUGCUGGCUACUCAGCGCCCUGGCCGUGUUGGCGGAGCGUGAGGAUCUCGUCAAGGAGGUGCUGGUCACCAAGGAGAUAUGCCCGCAGGGUGCCUAUCAGGUGCGGCUCUGUAAGGAUGGCAAAUGGACCACAGUGCUGGUGGAUGAUUUACUGCCCUGCGAUAAGCGUGGCCAUUUGGUGUACUCGCAGGCCAAGCGAAAGCAACUGUGGGUACCUCUGAUUGAGAAGGCAGUUGCCAAAAUCCAUGGAUGCUAUGAGGCACUCGUUUCGGGCCGGGCCAUUGAGGGCCUGGCGACAUUGACUGGAGCCCCCUGCGAGAGUAUACCGCUGCAGGCCAGCUCUUUGCCCAUGCCCAGUGAGGAUGAGCUCGACAAGGAUCUCAUUUGGGCGCAAUUGCUCAGUUCGCGUUGUGUGCGCUUCCUUAUGGGCGCCAGUUGCGGUGGUGGCAACAUGAAGGUCGACGAGGAGGAGUACCAGCAUAAGGGAUUACGGCCGCGUCACGCCUACUCGGUGCUGGAUGUGAAGGAUAUUCAGGGACAUCGAUUGCUUAAAUUGCGCAAUCCAUGGGGUCACUAUUCGUGGCGCGGUGACUGGUCCGAUGACUCGGAGCUUUGGACAGAUGAUCUGCGGGAUGCCCUCAUGCCACAUGGCGCCUCUGAGGGUGUGUUCUGGAUCUCGUUCGAGGAUGUGCUCAAUUAUUUCGAUUGCAUUGACAUUUGUAAGGUACGCUCCGGUUGGAAUGAGGUCCGCCUGCAGGGUACCCUCCAGCCGCUGUGCUCAAUUUCGUGUGUACUGCUGACAGUCCUGGAGCCAACAGAGGCAGAGUUCACACUCUUUCAGGAGGGUCAGCGGAAUUCGGAGAAAUCCCAGCGCUCCCAAUUAGAUCUUUGUGUUGUGAUAUUUCGCACUCGUUCGCCGGCGGCACCCGAAAUUGGUCGUCUGGUGGAGCAUAGCAAGCGACAGGUGCGUGGUUUUGUGGGCUGUCACAAGAUGCUGGAGCGGGACAUUUAUCUGCUGGUCUGCUUGGCCUUUAAUCAUUGGCAUACGGGCAUUGAGGAUCCGCAUCAGUAUCCACAAUGUAUACUGGCUAUACACAGCUCCAAGCGACUUCUUGUGGAACAGAUAACCCCAUCGCCUCAUCUACUAGCCGAUGCCAUCAUCAGUUUGACUUUGACCAAAGGUCAAAGACAUGAAGGUCGCGAAGGCAUGACUGCCUACUAUUUGACCAAGGGUUGGGCUGGCUUAGUGGUCAUGGUUGAGAAUCGGCAUGAAAAUAAAUGGAUACAUGUCAAAUGUGAUUGCCAGGAAAGCUAUAAUGUGGUAUCUACGCGGGGCGAACUCAAGACUGUGGACUCAGUGCCGCCACUGCAGCGGCAAGUCAUCAUUGUACUCACUCAACUGGAGGGCAGCGGGGGAUUUAGCAUUGCCCAUCGGCUAACGCACAGACUGGCAAAUUCGCGAGGUCUUCACGAUUGGGGACCACCCGGGGCCACCCAUUGUCCACCUAUUGAGAAUGUUCAUGGUCUCCAUGCUCCACGUCUGAUUACGUAGACUAAAAUUCAGGGGUCAGCUAGGGGUCACAAUUAGUUAAAAGAAAACUUAUUCCUUUUGAUGUUCGUUCUCUUCGUAUUUGUGUACUUAUAUCCAUAUUCUUGAUUGCCAUUUCGAA